AUGAUACCGUGGUCGUCCUUCGUGCAGAAGGCCCAGAGUCUGAUUGAUCCGGCCAACUUCAAUAUUCCCGCCCUAUCCUCAUCCGACGAUACUCCCUCGAAAGCGUCGCUGUUCCGCCAGCAGUUCCGCCUCCCUGAUUCCCAGAACCCGCUGCAAGAGAUCACUGCGGAUCUUGUUCUUCCGCUGCCCAAUUCGUCGUCGAGUCAAGGAGAGGCUUCCCGCAAGGCUGACAAGGCUGGGAACACAUAUACGGGCCGUUUACAUCUGAGUGAACGUUUCAUCUGCUUUUCCACUCAGCCAACCAGCUUCAUUCCUUCCGCUACAGCAAGUGCGUCGACCACAUGGACCGGUCAGACGCAUGGCACUGGGCCUUCGGGCAAUGGCUUUAUUCUCCCACUAUCCAGUAUACGACGCGUCGAACGUCUCCACAGUGCCAGCCAUGUAUUCUCCUUAGCGCUCACGACGUGGAACGGCCUGCUAAACAAGCAGCAAGAAGCCAAUCUCACCCCUCAGCGCCUCAUUCUACAGCUUGUCGGUAGCAGACAGGCUUGCGAGCGAUUCUGCGACACACUCAAGAAAGGCCUGCGAGAGGGUAUGAAGGAGGUUGAUAGCUUGCGGUCGGUCGUUGCCGAUUGCUAUUCGGAAUAUUUACUCUCGGGCGCGAAAGGGAAGGGUCAGGACGGGACUGAAACGGACGGUCGUCAACCCCCUGAUGCGGGCCUGGGUUUGAUAUUCCGCUAUCCUGGUGAUGCACGUAAGCUUCGUGAUCGCAGCAAGAUGAGAUUGUGGGGUGAAUAUUUCAGAGAAAAUGGCCGCAAUGCAACACUGGUCCGUCAGCCAACUUUCCAUAAGCUCAUCAGAGUUGGUUUGCCAAAUCGGCUACGAGGAGAAAUCUGGGAGCUCACGUCCGGCUCUCUGUUCCUUCGUCUGAGAGCUCCCAAGCUAUAUCAACAGACAUUGGCCAAAUUCGAAGGCCAAGAGUCACUGGCUAUCGAUGAGAUCGAGAAGGACUUGAAUCGCAGUCUACCAGAAUAUCCUGGAUUCCAGAGUGAAGAGGGUAUUGGUCGACUGAGACGAGUUCUCACUGCAUACAGUUGGAUCGACCCAGAGAUCGGGUACUGCCAGGCCAUGAAUAUUGUGGUUGCCGCUUUGUUAAUAUAUAUGUCAGAGGCACAGGCAUUCUCCAUUCUUUCUGUAUUAUGUGACCGUCUCCUACCCGGCUAUUAUUCCACAACUAUGUACGGAACCCUGCUCGAUCAGAAGGUAUUCGAGUCGCUUGUCGAGAAAACAAUGCCUGUUCUUUGGGAACAUCUCACUAAGUCGGAUGUGCAACUCUCCGUUGUCUCACUGCCGUGGUUCCUCUCUCUCUAUAUCAACUCUAUGCCACUCGUUUUCGCUUUUCGUGUUCUGGAUGUCUUCUUCUUGGAAGGCCCUAAAGUGCUCUUCCAGGUUGGUCUUGCCAUUCUUCGAGUCAAUGGUGAAGAACUUCUUGAGACACAGGAUGAUGGUUCCUUCAUCUCUGUCUUGAAAUCAUACUUCUCGAGAUUAGAUGAAUCUGCCCACCCGAGAUCAGAGAACCCUAAGUUGCGGGCAAUCACCAGAUUCCAGGAAUUGAUGGUGGUGGCUUUCAAGGAAUUCUCUGGCAUCACCCACAGCACGAUCACUGAGACGCGGGAAAAGCACAAGGGUGCUGUGUUGGAUAACAUUGAGACAUUUGCAAAGCGUACUUCUAUCCGCAAUCUUGGCCCCGAAAGCAAACGUCUCAGCGUGGAUGAUCUUGGGACUAUAUAUGAUCGCUUCUAUGAGACUUUGUAUCAAUGGCAGCAACACCAGAGAAUCAUCGAAGAAGAAAAGAGGCGACAAGAGAGGAAGAAAUCCGAGCGUCUAUCGAUGCUCGCUCCUCCCGCCGAUCAACAAGUUGGCCGCGUUGGUCUCGGACCUAGCCCUACCCAUAUGGACUAUGACGCUUUCAGAGAGUUCCUUGCCGCUACAUCCAAAUGGGCAGCUGCUGACUCCCCUGGACCAUCGAGAAAAGGAUCAGCAGCCCAGUCGGCACUGUGGGCGAACCGCCGGCAACCAGCCGACCAUGAGUUCAUGCAACGUCUUUACCGCAAGUGGGCUACGGACCCCGAAGAAGGGUUAAACCUGCAAAACGUGGUGAACGGUCUAGCCCGUCUCAAGGGCUCGCCCGACAUCAUGAAUAACAUCAACUACUUCUUCGAUCUAUACGAUGACAACGGGAACGGCCAAGUUGACCGCGAGGGAAUCCUCAAAAUCUCCGAAGCACUCUUAUUCCUCUCACGACGAGGCUUUGAGGGCACAAUUACUGCUACCCCAUCGGUGGAGAAUUUGAACUCUCCUGGUGAUCGUGAUCGCGGUGAGAACUCACUCACCACUGACGAGAAAUUCCUCGGCAGUGUCAGUGCGUUCAUUCGCCGCUGUUUCGAAUAUGCCGAUCCCAGUCACCUGGAGAACAAAAAGUCAACCCAACAAGAUGCCACCGAAGAAGCGACCGCAAAGCUAGACUCGUUCGUCAUCGGCGACGACGACGACGAAGAAGAUUUGAUUGAUGUCGACGGAGAUUCCAAGGCCAAGGAGUCAGCACCAGACUCGCCAGCCCAGCGCGAAUCAGACACCCACGAACACAACCCCUCAAUGUCCGAGUCUGCAAAUCAAGCCCUGGACCCUAACAACCCCCUCCAUAUCACCCUCCCCACCUUCCGCAUGGUCGUCCUAGCCGACGAACUCCUUGAACAGUUCUUCGAAUCCUACUUCCCGCAAUCCUUCCACCUGUCCGAUCAUCCCCAUCCAGCAGCCCUAGCCGCCUCUUCCACCAUGUCCUCAAACCUAACAACAUUCUCCAACAUCGGCAGCAUCCGCUCCAGCUCCACUGCGGGCUCAGUCCCGGUAGCCGGCGCCUCAGGCGGCAUCGUCCCCCCAGGCAAAGGUCUCCGCGGCGUCCUCGACAACAUCGUCACGGACGGCAUCCGCAUGGCCGCCGAAGUCAAGAAGCGCAUGGAUGAGGCGCAGCGCGAGAUCGAGCGCAAUGCGCUCGGCCGCGACGACGAAGAAGAUGAAGACGACGAGGACGACUACCCCCGUCGCGAAUCUAGCAACGUCAUGGCGGGCGGUAUCUCCAGCUGGGGCGCUGGUGCUUAUGGCGCUGAUACGGAGCGGCGCAGCGUCGUCCGCGAUGCCGAUCGCGAUCUGCUCGAAGACGCCGAGUUGCUUGGUGGUGGGAAGGAAGAGAGAACUUCCCUAUUGGAUGGGAAGAAUGUUUCCGGGCACACAUCUCGUAAAUUUUCUGGCGCUUCUAAGGGCUCUCCUGUGCGUGAUGAUGGCGAGGUCAUUAGCAAGGUUGUGGAGUUUGAUUCAUGA